ACGAACUCAUCGCCAACCUCGGUCCACGCGAGCGCGCACGCCAAGAAGUGUUGUGGGAGAUCGUCAACUCGGAAGAACGGUAUGUUACUGGGGCAAUUCUGGCUGACGCGAAGCUAUGUACAGGAUCUUGCAAAGCUCAACGAAACGUUUUGCCUGGCCCUGUUGCCCGCGCGCGAGUCCGAGCCCCUAGGUCUCCCCGACCCACUAGGCUUGACACGGACGACGACCUCUGGCACGAGCGUGGGCUCGCACGACCUGCAAGAUUUCCUACCGAUUGCCUCCCAGUAUUCCGCGCCGCGCCGGAGCACCGAUUCCUUCCGCUCCGACGACGAGUCGUCUGCGGCUAGAAUGUCGGCCCUCGCCGCUCUGACUAGAAGUGCCGGUACGCAUCCCUCGCACCACCCGCAAACCAUCUCGCAUUCGCACUCGCACGCACAGUCGCACGACCGCAACCAUGGUGGCCGCUCUCUUGCGCAGGCGCGUACCCUGCCCCUCAAAAAGGCGUCGCGCAGCAGCCUUCAGAGCAAGAGUGACGGUCACUCGCGCAUCACGUCACGAUCAAGCAUCUCGUCGGUGCUUAACGGGCCGGUGACACUACCAGACGACCUUGAACAGGUACUCACCGUCAUCUCAUCGGGUAUUCUCCAAGGGCACGUCAAGCUUGUCACCGCCCUGCGCAAGCGGUACGACGAGCAGUUUCCCCUCGUGCGCUCGCUGGCGGACGUGUUCACUUCACAUUCCGACAUUCUCCGCGAAUAUGCCACGUACAUCUUGCACCUCGAGCGCGCGCUUGCGCAGAUCGACGAGGCCGCGGCCCUGUCUGCAUCGAUCGCGACAGGCAGCCGUAGCCGCCGCAGCUCGCGACGCCUCGAGGAGACGCAGUUGGGUCGGCUAAGUAAGACUCUCGCGCAGCUUGAGGAACUUGCUGCUCAGCGUGGCGAGGCAGGGCUGGCCAUUUCCCUAUCCAAGCCGUUCCAGCGUUUGCUCAAAUACCCGCUUCUUUUCCAGAACUUGCUGUUCAACACGUCGCCUUCUACGCGCGAGUACGAGGCGACUUUGGCGAUGGUGGAUGAGGUUGAAACAAUUGUGCGCAGCAUUGAAGACGAGAAGUCGUCAUCCGAGGAGCGUGAGCGGGCGCGCGAUGCCUGGGCGCGCGUUGAGGGCAUUGAGCGUAACAAGCAGCUGAUGGCGCCCAAGCCGACGCGCCUGCUCAUGUCCGAGACGAUCGUCCCGCCCAAGGAGAAGAAGGGCAAGGCGUCGCACCGCCUCAGUGACAUGCUCAAACACCGCAACAUGGAGCAGUGGAUUGUACGCUUUACUGACGUGUCGCUGCUCUGUGAGCGGACGGGAUACACUUCGCUUCCGAUGUCCAGCAAGAGCCGUCUCAAAUCCGAGUCUCAGACGGACUUGAGCAUAAAGCGUAUGAGCUCGUCCAAACGCGGCCAGAGUAUCAAGCAACGCAACAUGUACCGCUUCCUUAAGGUGUAUGAGUGGCACGAGCGUGCGCCCAAGCCUGAGACGCCGCCCCCGCGUCUCAGCCUCGACUACAAGCGUACCAGUCUCGAUGCGAUGCGCAGGGCGAGUAUCGACCACUACCGCCGCCCGUCGCUAGACCAUCACCCAACGCUUGACAACCUGCUCGAGACUCCCCGCGCAACGGGUUCCGCCGUGACGCCGCGCAAGGUUCCCAUGAAGACAGUGGACGGGAGCCCGAGCAAGCUCACGCCCCGUCGGCGUGCGGGCUCGCCGGCGCGCACGGACGAUGCGCAGAGCGAGGUCAUGAGCGUCAUGUCGUUUGCCUUCCGUGGGGAGGCGCGUCCUCUCGCUCGCGGCAGCUUUGGCCGCGCGCGUGGCGGGAUGAUGGGCGGUCCGAGCCGGACGACGUCUACAAUUGCGGAGCGACGCGCCAGUGCGAGCAUGACGACGGCUGAGCGCCGCGCCUCGGGCAGCAUGACGUCCACGGCUGCCGCGAACGCCAAGUUUGCGCACCGUUUGCGCUCGAGCGACGAACUUGCGCAGGCGGCGCCGACGGUACGCCCUGCCAGCCGGGUGCGGCGCUCGCUCCCGCCCGCGAUGGCACUCACACCUGCCGGUGGACGGCGAACUACGACACCUGCUCAGAGGCCGCCAUGGAACAACUCGAUGCGGCCCAUGUCAGCGCGCGAGGAGCGCGAGAUGGAGAAGGUACGCCCACCCUCUGUCACUGAGAAGGUGCGCCCCCCUUCGGUUACGGAGAAGGUACGCCCGCCCUCGGCUACGCAGGUCCGCCCGAAGCGGCCGGAGAGUGCGGCAGCGCGGUCGCGAAGCAGUGCGAGCGAGCGUGAGCCGCUCGCGGACGCCGCGAACGGCAAGGACAAGAUGAGCGACGCGAGCAGCGCAAGCGGCAAGGCGGCGGCGGGCAAGGAGAACGUAGGACAGCUCGCGCAUGUCGCGCAUGUCGACGUGCAGGCGCUCAGGCGCGAGGAGGAAGUGCCGCUCGAGCAGCAGAAGGGCGCGACGGCCGUCGCGAUCAGUCGGACGCACGUUGAGGCCGAGAAGGAGCCGGGCAAGCUCACGGGCGUCGCGGCGCGCAUUGCGGCCCUCGAGCGCCGGAACCUCGGCGGACACAUAUAAUUUGUUGUACAUAUGUAGCUGGAAAAUGCAUGAGUGGCAUGGGUG